UCUUGUUUCUUUCUGGUGAAGCUAGGUUGAUGAUUCAUCAAACAUCUACAAAAACCCUACCAAGCCUCUUCCUACUUGAUCCUCAACAGAUAAUGCGUGGUUGAUUAAAAUUAAGUCAUUUUUUAAGAGAUCUCUGAAAAAGAUAGAGAUGGAUCCUUUAACAGCUCAUGCUCAUUCAUUACCAUCUUCUUUUCACCCCAGAGACCUCCAACUACCCCACCACCCUCUUCACUUGCAAAACCACCACACUACUCAACAACCACCAAAUUCCGAAGAGGAACAAAGUGAAGGCAGCUUUAACCAUAACUCAAGGAUUGAUGGCAAAGAAUUGGUGUCCUUGAAUGGAUCAGAAGCUGAAGGGAGCCGAAGACCUCGUGGCAGACCAGCCGGCUCCAAGAACAAGCCCAAGCCGCCGAUGAUAAUCACACGGGACAGCGCAAACGCACUCAGGUCCCACAUUAUGGAAAUCGCGAGCGGUUGUGAUAUUCAGGAAAGCGUAUCCUCUUUCGCAAGUAAAAGACAACGAGGGGUUUGCAUUUUAAGCGGAAAUGGAACCGUUAUGAAUGUUACCCUAAAGCAACCGGCUGCACCAGGUGGAAUUAUUACUUUGCAAGGCAGAUUCGAGAUUCUGUCUCUUUCGGGCUCAUUCUUGCCCCCGCCUGCACCACCGGGUGCAUCGUGUUUGACCAUCCACCUGGCUGGCAGUCAAGGCCAGGUAGUUGGUGGAAGUGUGGCUGGACAGCUUAUAGCGUCCGGCCCUGUAGUUAUUAUGGCAGCCUCUUUCGGAAAUGCAGCCUACGAGAGGCUGCCAUUAGAAGAUAUAGAGACAUCGGUGCCAGGAAUUGGACCCUUGGAGUCCCCUCGGCUUCAGCAGCAGCAGCUGAUGGGAGAUCCAAACGCAUCUCUCUUUCAGGAAUUGCCUCCUAAUCUUCUGAACUCAAUUCAAGUUCCAAGUGAUCAGGCGUAUUGGGGUGGAGCUCGGCCUCCAUAUUGACACCAGAAAAUGAAGAGAAAAGAGUUUGAUGUUUUUACUUUGAUAUCAUCUCCUAGAAUUUCUCCAACUAACUCAUAUUCUCCCUCAGUUUUUUUUCAACUUAGCACAUU